AUGUUUGUCGUUGUCUUCUAUUUUAUAGGGAACCGUGGAAGAAAGAAUGGAAAUGGUACAGGCUCGAAAGCAGAGGAUGAUAUUUUGACAGGGGAAGCAGAAAGAAUUAGGCGUCGUAGGGGCCUCUUUGCUCUUCGGGAUGAGCCAGAGGUGGCUCGUGUAUGGCUGCCUAAUAUUGACUCCCCUGGAUUGGCAAUGGCACGAGCCUUGGGGGAUUUUUGUUUGAAGAAUUUUGGUUUGAUUUCUGUGCCAGAGAUUUCAUAUAGAUGCAUCACAGAAAAAGAUGAGUUCAUCGUCUUGGCUACUGAUGGGGUCUGGGAUGUCUUGUCCAACAGAGAGGUGGUAAAGAUUGUCAGUACUGCUUCUGCAAGGUCCUCCGCAGCUCGUAUUCUUGUUGAAUCAGCAGUUAGGGCAUGGAAGCUCAAGUAUCCAACCUCGAAGAUUGAUGACUGCGCUGUGGUCUGCCUCUUCCUUGGUAUAGAUUCAUCCAACGAUUCCUCCGUUGCCAAGGCCGGUGAAGUUGGUGUACCACUGGAUGUCAUCGAGAUUGGCCACGACAAACAAGAACCUGCACGGCCAAUUUGUCUGAACCAAUCUGGCACGAUCAGAGCUCGCACUACAAAUUAUCAGGAUAAGGAAGCAACAAAAGACCAUGUCUAGAUCUCAGUCACGUCAAGAACCUCCCGCUGCAGUGACAUCUGAGUGCAGGGUGAUGACGGGGGUGCUCUAGAGAGUUUGUGCCAAGUGAAUACCUUAAUGAUGCUGCCAAAGUUCAUUGCAGGGAGGAAGCUGUCAGCA